AUGCAAAUUAAAACCAUGUUCUUGAGAAAGAUUUCUGGGAUAUUUCCAGCUGGAUUUGGACUUCGUCUUUCUCAGAAAUUUGUAUUCUUGUUAUUUUUAUCAGGAUUUAUCACACUUUGUUUCGGGACAUUGUUUCUCUUACCAGACACAUCAAAGUUUAAAAGGAUAUUUUUAUCAGGUACCCAGAGCCAGAGUGGUGAACGAAUACACAGCUAUGCUAAUAAGAAAAUGAACAAAAAAACUGUAGAUGAUCAAAAGUCUCUGAUUCGGAAUACAAAUCAGGAAAAGUGGAGAUCCAAAGAUGAGUUUGAUGUGAACGUGAAACCAUUGGGAUUUCUAGCUCACAAGUAUGAAAAACACAAAGAAGACAAUUCACUGAACAGAGAGCAUAUCGUAGCUGCCAAAGCCAAAAAUAAAGACAAUGAAAUAUCUCCAGCUCAAAGAAACCAUGCUGACUUUAUAUUUGAUUAUAACGCUUUCAAAAAAUCUCUUAAAUAUCCGCCACUCGGAAAUCAUCACAAACAGAAAGACCCAGAAACACGGGAAAGAAGAGAUAAAAUAAAAGAGAUGAUGAAGUUUGCGUGGGACAGCUACAAGAAAUAUGCUUGGGGGGAAAAUGAGCUGCGUCCUCUCACUAAAGAUGGACAUUUUGGAAGUUUGUUUGGUGGACUGAAAGGAGCUACCAUUGUGGAUGCUCUGGACACACUUUUUAUUAUGGAUUUGAAGGAAGAAUUUGAGCAUGCCGAAAAUUGGAUUGGAAGCAGCCUAGAUCUGAAUGUGAAUGGAGAGGCCUCUUUGUUUGAAGUUAACAUUCGUUACAUUGGAGGACUGCUCUCUGCUUACUACCUGUCAGGGAAAGAGGUUUUCAGAGAAAAAGCAAUAGGUCUUGGGAAGAAACUGUUACCAGCAUUUAGCACACCUACUGGGAUUCCACGUGGUAUUAUCAACCUUGGAAAUGGUUUGAACUGGAGCUGGGGAUGGGCCUCUGCAGGGAGCAGCAUUUUAGCAGAAUUUGGGACUUUACAUUUGGAAUUCUUGAAACUCAGUGAGCUGUCUGGAGAUCCAGUGUUUAUUGAGAAGGUGAACACCAUCAGGAAAACCUUGAAGAAAAUGGAAAAACCCACAUGGAUUGUAUCCUAAUUAUUUCAGCCCUGUCAGUGGCAGCUGGGUUCAGCAUCAUGUGUCUCUUGGAGGACUUGGUGACAGCUUCUAUGAAUACUUAAUCAAGUCUUGGCUGAUGUCAGCUAAACAAGAUAAUGAAGCAAAGGGCAUGUACUAUGAAGCUGUGGAGGCCAUUGAAGCACAUCUGAUCAGAAAAUCUCCGGGAGGACUGACAUAUAUUGCUGAGUGGAAAGGUGGAGUCCUGGACCACAAGAUGGGGCACCUGACUUGCUUUGCUGCAGGGAUGUUGGCACUAGGAGCAAAUGACGCACCACAGAACAAGAAAGAACAUUACAUGGAGUUAGCAGGAGAAAUUGCCAGCACAUGUCAUGAGUCUUAUGUACGUACAGAUACUAAACUUGGACCUGAAGUGUUUAGGUUUGAUACAGGGGCUGAAGCCACAUCAAGCAGGCUGAGUGAAAGAUAUUACUUGCUCCGUCCAGAAGUUGUAGAAAGUUACCUGUACCUUUGGAGGCUGACGCAUAAUCCUAAAUAUAGAGAAUGGGGCUGGGAGAUUGCACAGGCUUUGGACACUUACUGCAGAAUUGAAAAUGGAUUUUCAGGAAUAAGGGAUGUGUAUACUACCACUCCAAACCAUGAUAAUGUUCAGCAAAGCUUUUUCAUGUCAGAAACAUUAAAAUACCUCUACCUUCUGUUUUCAGAAGAUGAUCUGCUGUCAUUAGAAGACUGGGUAUUUAAUACCGAAGCACAUCCACUACCAAUAAGUCGUGUACAAUCUGUUUGA